CUAGUCGAAGACAGUGUAAUUGUUCUGCCCAUUACUCACGCCGGUCGCUUAGAGCACUAAUCAGGUGGAAACAGCACACCUGAUCAUUUCUCAUGGCACACCUAUGUGCUGCAGCACAGUGGUUGGGAAACACUGCUCCAGCAUUAUGAGUCAGCGGACGGAGCGACGGGGGAUACACGUGGACCAAUCAGACCUGCUGUGCAAAAAAGGAUGUGGUUACUAUGGCAACGCAGCCUGGCAGGGCCUGUGCUCAAAGUGCUGGAGGGAGGAGUACCAGCGGGUACGGCAGAAACAGAUCCAGGAUGACUGGGCACUGGCAGAAAAGCUGCAACGAGAGGAGGAGGCAGCGUAUGCCAGCAGUCACGGUGUGCAGACUCAGUCCACAACGCCCCCGCAGCCUGGACAUGCCUCGCUGGGUCCCUUCUCCAAGUUUGAGGAGAAGAAAACCAAUGAAAAGACUCGGAAAGUGACCACCGUCAAGAAGUUCUUCAGCCCUUCGUCACGAACUGCUUCUAAAAAAGAAACCCAAGAAGGUAAAACCAGUCCGUCCAUCAGCCGCCACGCAAGCUUCGAUACGGACCAAGUGUCCAAAGACUUUGUGGACUUCCUGAAAAACCUCCAGAAGCCCGGCCGGGAGAUCCACAAGCAGUGCCGAGUCUUCCUCGUGAACAUGUCAAGCAAGAAGGACCUGGGUGCUGAUGAGCUGUCAGAGUGCGUUCAAGAUUUCUACCAGAAUUUGGCCGACCGCCUGAUGACUCACUUUAAAGGCUCCUCUGAGUCUGUGGAGCAGGUGAUGGACCAAGUGGAAAAGUACAUCAUGACUCGUCUGUACAAGAGCGUUUUCUGUCCAGAAACCACUGAUGACGAGAGGAAGGACUUGGCCACACAGAACAGGAUAAGGGCUUUGCACUGGGUGACCAUCCAGAUGCUCUGUGUGUCCAUGGAUGAAGAAAUCCCGGAAGUCUCUGAGAAUGUGGUGAAAGCGAUAACAGAUAUCAUUGAGAUGGAUUCGAAGAGGGUUCCUCGGGACAAACUGGCCUGCAUCACACACUGCAGUAAACACAUCUUCAGCGCUAUUAGGAUCACCAAGAACGAGCCGGCGUCCGCCGACGACUUUCUCCCCGCGCUCAUUUACAUCGUGUUGAAGGCUAAUCCUCCACGACUUCAGUCCAACAUCCAGUACAUCACCCGAUUCUGCAACCCCAGCAGGCUGAUGACCGGAGAGGAUGGAUACUACUUCACCAACCUGUGCUGUGCAGCUGCCUUCAUCGAGAAGUUGGACGCUCAGUCUCUCAAUCUCUCCCCGGAGGAGUUUGAGCGUUACAUGUCGGGCCAAGCCUCGCCAAGAUGCAGCAGCGCAGAGGGCGAGUGGCCCCACACCGGUCCAGGAGCUGGCGUGGCUGCCACCAACCCUGUCCUGGCCCAGCUCAACCACAAUCUGGAGCAGCUGUCGACCAUCAGCAGCCGGCAGGAGAAGGUGAUGGAGGCCGCUCAGAGCCUCCAGGCUGACCUGCUCUCCUGGACCGAGAGCGUCCAGCGGGAGGUGAACGACAUCCUGGAAAAAUAUCCGCUGACCUGCACAGUUUCUGCCAUUGAUGCCAACAACAUAGACAACGACAACCUGCCGCCGCCGCUGACCCCCCAGGUGUUCGCAGGGUAGUAAAGUCAGUAAAGGGAGAAGAAGCAUUUCGCAUGCCAUGAAGGUACUUUACUUUGAAAAUGGGAGUUUCCCAGUAGCCUCUGCACCUUAAAUUUAAAGUGAAGUCAUUUCAGUCAGAAAAAGGAAGAGAGAGGGGUGAGCUACAGGGAGAAGCUGCUUUUAUUUGAUUAUUAUUAUUAUAACUGUAACUAUAAAAACACACUCCACGUACAACUGUUAACAAGGGAUGCAUGAGCUAUGGAACAUUUCUUUUUGUAUAAGUUAGUUGUAUUUUGGGGCAUUUUACAUGGAAGUUUAUGCUGACAGUCUCCAUUUAUGAGACUGCCUCAUGUGGCCAUUUAUGGAACUGCAGGAACUGUAUUUGGCAGCUCAGUUUUGGCUUUUAGCUGUCGAGGUUUCUGCAGUUAUGUUGCACAGUUCACUUUUAUUCAACACCAAAUGGACAAAACAAAGCAAAGAAAAAACAAAUAAAUUUGAAACAAAAUUUAGUAGGUUCAUCAAAAAAGGUGUGGUCAAGGGUCAUUUUAGAAGAAAAUAGGAAAUUUAUUAGGGGAAAAAAACUUUGUAAAGUGGUGAGAAAAAACAGGCUGGUUUGCAUUAAAAACUUAUGAGGAAAAGAAAUGGCUAAUUUCUCAUAAAUAAAUGGUCAAAUUACAAGGAAAAAAUUGUCAAUAAAAAACAAUUUUUUAAAAGAGUUUUAAGAAAGAAAUUCAUGAGAAAAACUGGACAAGUUUGCAAGGAAAAAAUAGCAAAUUUGCUGUAAAAAUGUUUAUGAAAAAUAACAGGUAAUUAUGUAACCAAAAACAAACAAAUUUAUGAGAAAGAAAUGGCAAAAAUAUAGCACAUAUUAAACUCACCAGCUGCUGUUACAGGCAGAUGAUGCUGACAGGCUGGAGAAGAGAAUACUCGUGUUAGUACUAAAUGAUGAUAUGAUAUGAAAUAAACGUACCUAAAUUUACGUAACAAUUAAAAUAGAUUUUAAGUGCGCAAAUACAACAACCAGCUUCAGAUGACUAUCACUUAUUGUCAGCUGUGAUUUUGAUUUUGCUCUUAUUAAUGACAAAAUAAGCUCCUAAAUGAUAAGCUUGUUUGCCCACAUUUCUUUACAUGUUCACUCUUUAUUUCACUAAAAAGCGAUCCCGCAAGAGAAAUAAAUUAAAAAGCAGACUACUGCAGUUAAACCUCUGUGUGUGUGUGUGUGUGUGUGUGUGUGU